AUGUUUACCUUAAAACGAUGCCUCUGUAGAAAUUCCCUCUAUUAUAUCAAACGAGAAUUAUCCAGCUCGACGUGCCACAGAGCGUCUUCGGAGAACACCAAAAAGAAAGUGACACAUAAUAAUUCACCUAUAUGGUCCACCCAGUUCCUCUCGAAAAACAAGCAAGACAAUGAUACACCCCGAGCUGACGACGAUAAUGCGUUUAUCGGCUCCUUCUUUACAAACCAGACAUGGUUAACGGGUAAAAUGGAAUGGUUGGACGAUUUACCGUCUGUGGAAGCCAUUAAUUCGAAAAUGUUGGAUCUGUACCCUCAAUUUGCCUCACAAUUCACUCAUUUGCGUGAAGGAUAUGAGAAAAUGUGGGAAUACCUGACCAUGGAGGACUUUCGAAAGAUUGUGGACGAGAUUAACAAGGACGCACACGAUGCAACAAAAUUUCCUGAACUGAACAAGGAUGCCAUUGUCAGGGAAGGAACUAGUUUAUCAAGGCAAGAACAGGAAUUCAUCAGGUUACGAAAGCAGUUACAAAAGCAAUCGUUUGCCAAGUUUAUUGGAGAGGAUGUGAAUAAUAUUGAUGAACGAGAUAUACCCGUGGUUGGAUUGGCAUCAAGUGGAGGAGGAUAUCGUGCCAUGAUUGGUUUAACAGGUUACUUGGAUGCAAUGAAAAGGUCAGGCGCACUGGAUUGUGUCAUGUAUUUUGCUGGUAUAUCGGGAUCAUGCUGGACCAUGGCCAUGUAUUAUAAUCAACUGUCAAAAGCAAACCCCCAGCAAUUGGAAACACAUCUAAAAUCACAUGUCAAUACGCAUUGGGCAAAUAUGUCCAAUUUUAUCAACCUGCUGACUUCAUCACCCGAAAACAGUAAGUUACUGCUGCAGGGUGCCAUUCAACGUUUUCAUCAACAGAAAGGUGAUAUCAGUUUAGUCGAUAUCUUUGGAGUAUUAAUGGAACAAUCCCAGGUGGGCGAAUUCGAAAAACAAGACAUGUAUUUGACAGGUCAAUCUCAGUUUUUAAAGGAUGGAUCAGAACCUAUGCCAAUUUAUUGUGUGGUUCGACAUGAUAUCACACUAGGAAGAUCAUUAGAGGAUCGAUUGCGAGAAUUAAAGGAGAAACGUGAUGAUACAAACAAGGCAGCAGAAAUUGAACGUAUUGAAAAAAAGGCAAGAGAAAUCCAGGAUGCCAAAGAAAAGGAAGGUUAUCAAUGGUUUGAAUUCACGCCCUAUGAAAUGGGAUGUGAAGAAAUUGAAGCAUGGAUUCCCAUGUGGUCUUUCGGCCGCAAAUUUGAAAACGGAAAGAACGUUGAGAGGUUACCAGAACAAACACUAGACAUUUUAAUGGGUAUGUUUGGAUCUGCAUUUGCAGCAAGUCUUGUUCAUUUCUAUCAAGAAAUCAAGAGUCUUUUACCUUCUGGCUCGCUUGACAAGAUUGAUGAAACCAUCACACGCUAUGAAACCUCCAUGUCCAGUUAUCACCCAAUAUCUCCUUCCUCCUUCCCCAAUCCAUUCCAUGGCAUAUCGGGUGAAUUCAAGUCCAAAGAGGAUAAGAUAGUCAAGAGACCCAAGGCAAUUACUGGUUCCCGGGAUUUAUACUUGAUGGAUGCUGGUAUGGAUAACAAUAUUCCAUUUUAUCCACUGCUGCGUGCAGGUCGAGAUGUGGAUGUGAUUCUUGCCGUAGAUUUGAGUGCGGAUAUACAGACUGCUACUCAUUUUGAUCGUGCAGAGAGUUACAUCAAGAGAAGAGGUAUCAAGGGUUGGCCAUUAGGUGCAGGAUGGCCAAAAGAUCACGACAGCAAAGAAAAAUACCCCCUGGGAUCUUGUACUAUAUUCGAAGGAGAAUCCAAGGAAACCACUGAAACAACAACAACAAAUACUGUGAAAAGAGAGCAUCCAAUCAUUUUGGCUUAUUUCCCAUAUAUUGUCAAUAACACAUAUGAUCCCAAAUUUGAUCCACAAGAAGAAGAAUUCUGCAAGACCUGGAAUUUUGUCUAUACACCUGAUCAAGUGGAAAAGGUCACUGGAUUAGCCAAGGCCAAUUGGGAUGACAAUCUGGAUAAAAUUAGAAACAUUCUCAAGAAAACGUGGGAAAGAAAACGAGAUGAAAGACUUGGGGGCGCAUAA